CUUUAGGCCGUGUUUAUGGCUAAAUAUAAGUUCCUCAAAAUGUUUCGCACAACACUCAGGGCUGGAUGUAUAUCCAGCAUCUCUGUAUAUAUAGUACACUGUAUUAUGGAGCCGUUAGCUUGAAGUGUGGAAACGUUUAGUGGCUUUUCUUUGGCGACGGGGUCUUUAAAGGCAAUUGCAAAUAUUAGUUUAGGGAAGAGAUUUAUGUGGUGCCUAAAAUAUGUUUCUGCUUGCAGGCCAAAUUAUGUCGGUGCUGAUGCUCCUGGCAGCGGGGAGCCGCCGCGGGUCCCACUGACAGCGAUGUAGAGGUGGUGCCGGCAGAGCCCAAGAAGCCCUGCGACAUGGAGGAGCUGUACAAGGAUGCCCCAAACCUGCCUAUGGAUGUCACCAACUCACCCUCGGCGAUGGCCAACAACAAGCUGGAGAACGGGGUGGCCCAGCUGAUCACAGCGGAGGCGUGGAACAUCAACUCGGCCGACCUGAUGAAGAAAGCCCUUUCCCCGCUGGUGACAGUCCCCGCUCCCUCCAUCCUGACGCCGCCGGCCGAGUCGCAGAGCGGGGUGGCCCUGAAGGUGGCGGCCACCGUGCUGCAGCCCAUCUGCCUGGGGGACAGCCCCGUGGUGCUGCCCAUCCACCUGCAGGUGGCCGGCAGCGCAGCCCCGCAGAUGCCGGCCACCAAUGCCGCCACCCCCUACGUGAUGACCACGCAGGGCCCCGUGCCGCUGCCCGUGCUCCUGGAGCAGCACGUCUUCCAGCACCUGAACUCGCCGCUGGUGCUGCCCCCGGGGGCCGCCUGCCCCGCCAGCCCCCUGCACGCCGGCCUCUUCCCCGGCAGCGCCACCCCCGUCGGGCAGCCCCAGCUCCUGGACCCCAAGCCCUCCGGCCAAGCGCAGGAGCCCGUCCUGCCCCCGGUCUUUCAGACGCCGGGAUUCGCCGCCGUCCUUCAGGACCUGUUUCCCUCACAGGGCGCCCUGGGCUCAGCCCCCUGUCAGCCGCCGCCCGACUACGCCACGCUCCCACCGCAGGCCUUCAGCUCGCCCCUGUCCCCGCUGGUGCCCCCCGCUACGCUGCUGGUGCCCUACCCCGUCAUCGUGCCCCUGCCCGUCCCCAUCCCCAUCCCCAUCCCUGUGCCCAUCCCUGUGCCCCACGGCGCCGAGGCCAAGGCGGCCCCUGCCAAGGCGGCCCCUGACCCGCCCAAGCCGCCACUCUUCACCCCGCACUCCUGCAAGGGCACCCAGACGCCCCUGGAGAAGGAGGAGACGAAGCCCUUCGAGCUCCUCCACCCCCGGGAGUUUCCCCAGCUGAGCCGUCACACCGUCAUCAAGAUGGGCGGUGAGAACGAGGCGCUGGACCUCUCCAUGAAAGCGCCGCCCGCGCUGCGGGCCGCCCCGGGCAGGGCGGGCUGCGAGCCCAAGGCCGGCAACAACAUCGAGAUCGUCAGCACCUCGCAGACAGCCAAAGUCAUCGUCUCCGUCAAGGACGCCGUGCCCACCAUCUUCUGCGGCAAGAUCAAGGGCCUGUCGGGGGUCUCCACCAACAACUUUUCCUUCAAAAGGGACCUGCCCCAGGACUCGGUGCUGCAGUGCUACGAUGUGAAGAGCCCGCCCGAGCCCCGGGACAGCGCCGAGGCCCUCAGGAAACCCGUCAAAAACAGGAGCGUAAAGCUAAAGAAAAUGAACUCGCCGGAGAUACAUAUUCUUCCAAUCAAGAAGCAACGGCUGGCUGCCUUUUUUCCAAGAAAGUAAAUUAUGGGUUUUUAGAAUUUUAAGAUUAUUAUGAGAAGAAGAAAAAAAAUAAUAAAAAAGAUGCACUCGGUUUUAAACUCAUUUAAAACUUUAAACUAUCUUUGUAAGUUAUUUUUGGGGGAAGAGGGAGAGGAUUGGAUGUACAGUCCCUAUAAGCUGGGUUGGUUUGGUUUGGGUUUUUUUCUGUUUGUUUUUGAUUUUUUUUUUUUUUGUUACCAAAUUUUGACUUUUCAUGGGAAACUGAAUAAAAAGCAACCUAUUUUUCAAGCAGAUUGCACAUUUUGCAGCUUUAAUGGAGUAAUGGAUGAGUCAGAGGGGUAAGAGCUAUUUUCACUGCCAUAAAGUGCUUUGAUGAUGUAACUCUUCAUAACAGUCGGAAUGGAAAUUUCAAAAUAAAUGUUUGUACGUGCUAAUUGGUUGCGGCAUUCUUUUC